AUGCCGGGCGGAGACGGAACACGCAGGGAGCGACCACCAGAGCCAAUCAGAAGCCAGCGUUCGGAGACAAAGGGCUCGGUUUACAGUCGGUUGUUGGCUGUUGGUGGAGUGGAGCGGAGGGAGACGCAGCACAGCCUGGAGGUGCCCAUUGACACUGAGACUGAAGACCUGAGCGGGGGAUUUUCAGGAGAAAGGCUCCGCAGGUGGCCCUGGAGCCAGAGGGGGGCAGCUGCCAGCAUCCCCAGACAGAGAGCUGCCCCUCCAUCCCCAUGGCAUGGGAAGCAGCUCCUGGCCACCCCAGGAGAUGGACCUGCUCGGCCUUGCUCACCAGGAGGAAACCAGCUCCCAGGGCUGGUGCCGAGCGGAGAGAGACGACAUCCAGGCCGAGAUGGAGGUGGCCCAAGUUCAGUCUGGGCAGGCAGGACACAGCCCACGGGAGGAACCAGGCAAGGCAGCUCUGGGUUUGCUUCUGCUGGAAGGCCAGCCCUCAGCCCAGCCGCGUGGGCCAGCAGGAGGCAUCCCCAGGGCAGGAGCUGGGGGAUCGCUGCCCCAGCAGCUCAACUGGUGCCGGAGGGGAGAGCAGCCGCUCCCUGCAACACGGAGGCCGAGUGCUCCUCCACUGCAGAGAUCCCCACGGACCAGUCAGAGAAGAAGGACCUUGCCCCUGAGGAAAAGGCAGAGGAGGAUGAAGAUUGGGCCACAGAAGGAGAGGAAGAGGAGGAAGACCUAGAGACAGAGGAGGAGGAGAAGAAGCAGGAAGAGGAAGUCCUGACCACAGAAAAAGAGGAGGAGGUGGAGGACCUAGCCAUAAAAGAGGGGGAGGACAUGACCACAGAGGAGGAGGAAGACCUGGACACAGUGGAGAAGGAGGAGGAGGAGAACCUGUCUGCAGAAGAGGAAGAAGAGGAGGAGAAGGUUCUGCAGAAGAGGAAGAAGAGGAGGAGGAGGAGAACCUGUCUACAGAAGAGAAAGAAGAGGAGGAGGAGAAUUUGUCAGCAGAAGAGGAGGAGGAGGAGGAGCUCUCCAUAGACAAGGAAGAGGACUUGACCACAGAGAAGGAGGAGGAAGAAGGUGGUAAAGGAAGAGGAAGAGAAGGACGUGGCCCUGGUGGAGGAACAUCUGAUCAUGGAGCAAAAGGAAGAAGAGAAGGAUCUGGCCAUGGAGCAGGAAGAGGAGCACCUGCCUAUGGAGGAAGAGGAGAAGGCCCAGGCCACAGAGGAGGACAAGGAGGACCUGGACCAGAAGGAGGAGAAGGAAGAGGACCCAGUAAUGGAGGACGACGAGGAUGUGGCCAUGCAGGAGAAGGAAGAGGAGGUACUGGCUAUGGAGGAAAAGGAAGUGGAAGAGGAUUAGGACUUGGCCACGGAGAAGGAGCAGGAGGAAGAGGACUUGGCCACAGAGGAGGAGGAGGAGGAUGUGGUCAUACAGGGGGAAGAAGAAGAGGCGUAAGAGGAGGUAGAGGACCUGGCUAUAGACUAGGAGGACCCAGGAAUGGAGCAGGAUGAGGAUGUGCCGAUGCAGGGGGAAGAAGAGAAGGAGGUGGACCUGGCCAUUGAGGAGGAGGAGCAAGAGGACCUGGCCAGAGAGGACAAGGAGGAGGAAAAGGAGGAGGAGAACCUGGCCACGGAGAAGGAGAGGGAGGACCUGGCUAUAGAGGAGGAAGUGGAGGAGGGGGACUACCUGGCCAGAGAGGACAAGAAGGAGGAAAAGGACGAGGAGAGGAGGGAGGACCUGGCCACGGAGAAGGAGCAGGAGGAAGAGGACCUGGCCACAGAGGAGGAGGAGGAGGAGGAGGAUGUGGCCAUGCAGGGGGAAGAAGAAGAGGCAGAAGAGGAGGUAGAGGACCUGGCUAUAGACUAGGAGGACCCAGGAAUGGAGGAGGAGGAGGAUGUGCUGAUGCAGGGGGAAGAAGAAGAGGAGGGGGAGGACCUGGCCAUAGGAAUGGAGCACGUGGUCAUGGACAAGAAAGCAGAAGAGGAUGACUUGGAUGAGGAGGAGGGCAAGGCCAAGUCCUCUUCCAUCUCCAUGGCCAGGUCCCCCUUGCCCAGAUGUGUAAAUAGGGCAGUAAUGAGUAGGAGCAGGGGGGGAAUCUUACCUCUCUCUAUAGCAUUGGUGAGAGAGAUAAUAGAAUAGUGACAGCCAGUUCUGGUGUCCGUGUUUUAAAAGGAUGGUGUUAAAUUGGAGAGGGUGCAGAAACGAGUCACACAAAUGAUCUGAGAGCUGGAGAAAAUGACCUACAGUGAGAGACUCGGAUUGUAGGUGGGUGAAAUUUAAUGGCCUGGAACAUUCAGGAGGUCAGAUGAGAUGAUCCAAUGGUGCCUUCUGGCCUUAAGCUCUAUGAAGCUCUAUGAAGCAUCGCCUCCCUCCACCCCUCCACGCCCCGCUCCGAUGUGCUUCACCGCACAGAAGGGUGGCCGGACAGCCUAGAAUGACCCUGCUCCAAAGCGGCCCUGGUGGAGAAGACAGCGGAACUAACUGAGGAGCUGCCCCAGGACUCUGGGCCCAGCUCUGUCCUCUCCCGCUCCAUGGACCUCACGUGAAACCUCCCGUACCAGAAGCUCCCGUCCGUCUCCCCCAGCUCCUGUGCUGCUCGCACCCAGAGACGUUGCCUCCUCCAUGGCCAGGUUCUCCUCCACCUCCUGCACAGCCUGCAGUGAUGGGUCCCUCUGUAUCCGAUCCCUACCCUCUAGUGUAUCUACCAGAUACACAUGGCAGCCUGCCCUCCCCCACCCCCCCGGCAGGUGACUCCGAGUCGAAUCUGAGGGAGCCGGGGGCUUAUCCUGGCAGGACCUCCUGAGCAGCAGCGUGGCGGGGCUUGGCAUCUGUCACCUAAAAAGCAGGGCUGGCGCGUAUGGAUUUCCUCCGCAUCCUCUGCACUGAAGACAGAACUUUCUCCGCAAUGGCCUGGUCUUCCUGGAGUGCUCCUUUAGCGCCUCGAUUGCCUAGUGGCUUUGCUGACUGUUUGGCAGACUUCCUGCAUCCCAUGUACUUAACCAGUACUUUGCUGUUAGUUGUUGUGCCUUAGCUAGUUGCUCUUCACGUUCUUUUUUGGCCGUAUUAUACUUUGCAUUUGACUUGC